AUGACGGAGGACCUGGAGGAAGGCAACCUCAUCUUCAAGACGGAGGCGUUCCUCAGCUACGUGGUGCUGUCGUCGUGGAGGGACUCCAUCGUGGUGCUCAAGACCUGCGAGGGACUCUCGCCCUGGGCCGAGAACCUGCAGAUCGUGCGCCGCUGCAGCGAGUCCAUCGCCUGGAAGGCCUGCGCGCCAACCCGCGCGGCGUGCGGUGGGCCUACACCGAGCCACCGGAGGUGGUGGUGGGAGGCCGCCCAGGCAGGCGGUGGCGUGGGGAGCCCGCGGUGGAACCUCGGCGGCGGCGGCGGCGAGACCUAA